UUUGAGUGGUUGUCAGGGGACCGUCACUGAGGCGGAAGCUCUGAAUGUUGUCCUUCCUACUGGCCGACUCUCAGGAUGAGGAUCGGUCACGGUCCGUCUAUAUGUUUCUGAUCAUCUUACACCAGCGGUUCCUCUCCCACCUCCCGAAUGCAGAUUAACAGGCAUGCCAAAAGAAAAAUAUGAUCCUCCAGACCCACGCAGAUUAUACACCAUCAUGUCAGCCGAGGAGGUGGCCAGUGGGAAGAAGUCACACUGGACCGAGUUGGAGAUUUCUGGGCGGGUCAGAAGCCUGAGCAGUUCACUAUGGACGCUGACCCAUUUGACUGCUCUCCACGUCAAUAACAACAACCUUAGCCGGAUCCCUCCGGAAAUCGCAAAGCUACCCCAUCUUGUCUACCUGAAUCUGUCCUCCAACAAAUUGCGCAGCCUGCCAGCAGAACUCGGCAACAUGGUGACUCUCAGGGAAUUGCUUUUGAACAACAAUUGUUUACGAGUUUUGCCUUAUGAACUUGGUCGGCUGUUCCAGUUGCAAAUCCUUGGUCUUAAAGGUAAUCCAUUGUCCCAGGAUAUACUCAACCUUUAUCAGGAGCCUGAUGGAACAAGAAAGUUAUUGAAUUACAUGCUUGACAAUUUAGCAGUCCACCCAGAACAACUCCCCCAAAGACCUUGGAUCACUUUGAAGGAGCGAGACCAAAUGAUGUCAACAGCUGUGUUCACAGUUAUGUGCUACAAUGUAUUGUGUGACAAGUAUGCAACAAGGCAGCUGUAUGGCUACUGUCCCUCUUGGGCCCUUAACUGGGAAUACAGGAAGAAAGGCAUCAUGGAAGAGAUCACUAAUUGUGAUGCUGACAUCAUCAGCCUGCAGGAGGUGGAAACAGAGCAGUACUACUCUUUCUUUCUGGAAACAUUGAAAGAGCGUGGAUAUGAUGGCUUUUUCUGUCCAAAGUCUCGUGCCAAACUUGUAUCAGAACAGGAGAGGAAACAUGUGGAUGGCUGUGCUGUGUUCUUCAAGCCUGAGAAAUUUGCUCUGGUGCAGAAACACACAGUGGAGUUCAACCAGGUUGCCAUGGCAAACUCCGAGGGCUCGGAGGUCAUGCUUAAUAGAGUCAUGACCAAAGAUAACAUAGGUGUAGCUGUCCUAUUAGAGGUGAAAAAAGACCUGUUUCCUAGUGAUUUAAAGCUGCCUUCAGAGAAACAACUCUUGCUGAUAGCUAAUGCCCACAUGCACUGGGAUCCAGAGUACUCUGAUGUGAAGCUCAUCCAGACCGUGAUGUUUCUGUCUGAGCUGAAGAGCAUAGCUGAGAGGGCCUCAGGCUCCAUUAACUCCUCACCCACUUCAGACACCAGCUUCAUUCCUAUUGUCCUGUGUGCUGACCUCAACUCUCUCCCAGACUCUGGUGUAGUGGAGUAUCUGAGCAAUGGUGGAGUUGCAGAAAAUCACAAAGACUUUAAGGAACUACGCUACAGUGAUUGUUUAACCAACUUCAGUUGCAACAGCAAAAACGGCAAGCCCGAUGGCAGUGUCACGCACAGUUUCCAGCUGAAGAGCGCCUACGAGGGGAAUCUGAUUCCCUACACCAACUACACUUAUGACUUCAAAGGUGUGAUUGACUACAUCUUCUUCUGUAAGACACACAUGAGCGUUCUGGGAGUUCUGGGUCCUGUAGAGACUCAGUGGCUGAAGGACAACAGCAUAACCGGCUGCCCCCACCCGCACAUCCCUUCCGAUCACUUUUCCCUCCUGGCUCAGCUGGAGUACCACCCACCUUUGUCCUCCCUCAAUGGGUUGCAUCUGCCUGUCCACAGUACUGCCUGUGAAAGCAAGACGCUUAAAGAAUGAGCCAGCUGCACCAGCAUUCCAGCCCCCUUUCAUCCAUUUAUCCAUUCAUCCAUCUCUUCACCGGAGAGACAUGAUGUCUUCUAAAGUUGCUGUUAUCCACUUUUAAUAUUCUUAUGGGGAAAAUAAAUUAUGUGGUUUAACAGUGCUGCUAAGCCAAUUUGCUUUGCCAAAAAAAUCAACAUCUUUCAAUUAUUCUGCUAAAGAACUGACAUACAUUGAAGAGGAAAUCCAUUUAAAAUAGUUUACUGGAACCAGUAUGUUUUUUUUUAUUGUUGUUGCACUUAAAUAUGUUUGAAACCAAUCCAGUAAAGCCAACAAAAUGUGUUCCUUGCAUAUGGAUAUAUCUGUUCCCCAUUUCUGUCAGGCUGGUAGAGAAAUGUUAUUGCCAUUUAAUUUGAAUGUUGCUAUUCAGAGUAAAUUCUGCAUUUAUACAAGCUGAACAUAUUUUCCCUUGGCAAAGAGUCUGACCUUCAUACUCUUUUUAAUCCUGUUUGUUUGAUUUGGGUUUUUUAAAGUAGAAAUAUAACCAUGUGGAAAAAACCAUUAUUCUUUCUGUGGACCUGUGGACUGGUGCAAGUCUUUUUUGAGAAAUAUGAGAUACCAUUGAUGAAGGACUGACUAAGGCAUGAUUGUACGGUGAUGUUAAGCAUUUUUUUUUACAAAGGUACUGUUAGAGACUAUGACUAGAAUAGCCAAACAAGAGCAUUUGUUCUCUAUAAGAUGACUGCAUUAUUACAGGAUGUUCUCAUUGAAUUUUGUGUUAAACAAUAGCCUUUUCAUGCAGUUUCUUCUCAGCUGAGGAACGCAGGUUCUGUUACUCUUGUUUGAUCUAAAAAAAAACUUUCUUUAUUGUAUUCAUUUUACACCUUAUAAUUAAAGGUGCUUCAUGUGGACUGUUUAGAUCUAAAUCAAUUGGAAGGCUUGGCCUUAUGUUUCCACCUUAAAGUCAAUAAAGAUGU